AUUCAACAGGAAGGUCCAUGUUGGAUUGUCGCAAGUAUUGAAAAUUUAGAACUUGAAAAAGGAUGGUCGUACGUUAGCUGCAAGAAGUGUCAAAAGAAGGUGGAUAAACUAGGAAACAUUUAUCAAUGCCCAAACCCCAAAUAUAAACAUGAAGAUUACUCAGCAGUUAUUAGGUAUAAGCUUCAAGUUAGGGUAAUGGAUACUACUGGAUCUGUUUCCCUAUUGCUCAGGGACCGUGAAACCAUAUUUCUCAUAGGCAAAUCAGCAAAAGAAUUGAAGAAAGGGUUUCUUGAGAAUACUGGUGCUGUUGAUAAGUAUCCCUAUCCAGUAGAGCUGAACAAUAUUCUCCAAAGAAAAUUCAUGUUUAAGGUUAUUAUCAAGACAGAGAACAUUCACCAGCAAAAGGAAGUUUAUAGUGUUGUUAAGCUUACGGAUGAGGAGCAGCUGAUGAACAAAUAUAGUCCUGCUCAACCUUCAGAUGACUUAACUGAACCUAACUUCAAUAAUAUUCAAGUCUUGCAUGGAGAGAAGGAAUGCGAGGAUUCCACUGAAGAUAACGACACAACCGAUAUUGCACAUACACCUGCCCAGAUAGAUAUGGAUGAACAAGGACACGUUCAAAUUACUCCAACUACGAGUGCUCAAAUUCAACGAAGGGGACAACGCCGAAAGAUACGCCGUCGCAACAUUUAUUCCUAUAAUGCUUCAGACUCAAAGCCUGAAAUUAUCAGGAAUGUCCCAAGGGCUAUACAAAAUAAGUUAAGAGAUCGAAGGGCUGAACGAAGGGAAAAAGAAAAGAAAUUUAGAGAGCUUAGGCCUGCACUAGAUCUACAUAUUGCAAAUUAUCAGCUUAUGAGAGAUGCACUAAUAGAUGCUAUAGACAAAAUUAUACUAUAUGAUUGGGAAGCAUUAUCAAUUUUAGUAGAUUCACUUGGACAACCUUUAGGUAGUAUUUUAACUGACAUUUAUCACGAGGUGUGGUCAAGUGGACCUUUUUGGAUUUAUGUCCUUAAAUUUGAAGCAGAGUGGGAGAACCGUCUCUACGACUACCUGUAAUUUAUUUAAUUAAUGAAAGUUUUUUAUUGAUUUGCAACAUUACCUGUCAUUUAAUUAUUAUUUUUUUUCUUAAGAGCAUUAGAUAAGAUAAAUUACAUAAUGGA